CUGUUACGCCGGCGCGUCGGCGCGUUUGUCGCUGUGACGUAAAUUGCCUGAAGUGACAAUGCAGCACCGGAGGCGCCUGGACGCGCGCUUUUUUGGUCUAGAAGUCCCCAACCAAUUUUAUGGGUAGAGCGGCUGCGCGGCGUCAAUUUGUAACCGCAACAGCGCGGACAAGCACGCCAACAAAUGCAUCGAUGUUUGCUAGUGUCUUACGCCGCUAGGUCACGUGCCUCGGAGGAGCCCACAGAAGUACCAAAAACUCCCUUAGCCUCUGGAGCAGCCCAGAGAAGUACCAAAAUCUCCCUUACGCCAGUCGCCGCGACCAAACUAACGGAUCCCCGGCGCCCGCAUGCCCCCCGAGAUGCCCUGGAGCGAGUUCUUGAGGGCCUUCGUGUCCGCCCACGCGCUGUGUAGAUAAUCAUCAUCAUCCGCUUCCGCCAAAGCCUUCAGCUCCUCCUGUCUUUUGAAAUAGUGGGCCAUCAUCGCCUUGCGCUCGCCCUCGGAGACGCACGGCUCGCGCGCGGGCGCGCCGUGGCCCGGCUUCUGGAGCUUGGCGACGACUUUGGUCUUUUCAUUUUUGCCUACACGAUCGCGCACGAGCUCCUCCCGGACAAAUUCCUUCCCGGCGCACCACAACUGAGCCGUGGCCGGGUCAAGCAACCCCUGCUGGGCCUGCGUCCCAUCCAAGCCCUCUUCACCCUCCAACGCACUAUACACGGGAUCGUGCUUCGGCAGGCCCAUGGGGAAGGCCAUGGUCACGGCUCCUUUCAUUGUAGUUAGUUUCUCCAUCAUACCUUCCUUGGUCAACGCUUUCCUCGCUAAUGCGCGAUCCUUCGAGAUGUAGGCCUCGGCGUCCCGACAGACGUCGUUGAACACGUUCGUCAUCUGCUCGCCGAUGCCAUUGCCCGUCCUGCUACCGCUCGGAUCCUCCUUAUAGUUAUCAGCCUUCUCGACGAACGUACCACCGUUCAACUGUUGGAUGUGGUCGAUGCCUUCUUCCCCAUGUGGUUUACUCGGACCAUGUUCUGCUAAUUCAGACAUGGCCCCACACAGGUACGCGAUGCGGACGCGCGUGUUGUUUAUGUCGACGAGUUCUCUCAGCAAAGUGUCAUUGCUUGUAUCACCCGUCGUCUCGUACAAGAACUGGUCCUCGCCGCCCUGGAACUUGACGUGGAUGACGACCAUCUUCUUUGGCUUUGCGGCGCUACGGCUGUUUCACGGCUUUAGCUGGGGCGCGUCGACAGCGUCUACGCGUCGCAAGUCUUGCGCUCGCUGCUAGAUGGCUGUCGACGGCUUCGUGCAGAAAUUUUGGGGGCGAGUGGCAGGGUUUGCGGCGUAGCGCCAAAAAGACUUCGAUAAAUCCGAGCCAGCUAGCGUAUACAUACUAGCUGGUACUCUAGGUGUUACGAUA